AUGUUUUCUCUGCCUGCUCCAAAGGAUGCACCUUUGUCACAGGGAGGGGCCAUUGACGGCGAAAUUGUGGCUCAUGGUCAUGGCGGCAGCCAUAACCAAAUCUUUAUGAAGAUUCUUCCAGUCUAUGUGACAGGGCCGAAAGGGACUGAGAAGGUUUAUGCUUUUCUGGAUGAGGGUUCAACCAUCACCAUGAUGACUUCCUCUCUGGCAGAGAGACUUGGACUGGAUGGGCCUGGAAUACCUCUGUACUGGCAAGGAGCAGGUCCUUUGGCAAACACCGAUCUCACAUCCAAGACUGUCGAAUGUAGAGUUCGUGGGUUUCUACCAAAUGCGAAGGAGUAUUUGAUGCAAAGGGUGAGAACAGUUUUUGAAUUGAAUCUCCCAAGACAGACUGUGGACAUGUCAGCUCUCUCGAGAGACUGGAGGCACUUGGCGGACGGCCAAGUACAGUCCCUGAAGGAUGCAGUGCCAGAGUUGUUGAUAGGUCUAGACAAUACACCCCUUAUUGUGUCUCGAGAGAUCAUCCAUGGCCCAUGGAAUGCCCCUUACCUCGUAAGAACGUGGCUGGGAUGGGUGGUAAUGGGAAAAAUAGACGGCAGACCCAUAAAUGGCCCCAAAAACUAUUCUAUGUGGGAGCGACGUGAUGAUCUCUACGAAAUGGUGAAGGAUUCCUUCUCCAUUGACUCAUUUGGCGCCGAGUCUCUUGGGAAAGCCCCCUCUCGUGAAGACAAGAGAGCCCUAGAGAUAAUGGAGCGCACGACACACAGAACUGAUGACGGACGAUUUGAGACAGGGCUACUGUGGAAGGACGGCAAGCAACCGGCUGUUCCUGAGUCAAAGGAAGCAGCUCUCAGGCGACUCCAUGCCACUGAGAGGAAGUUGGAUCGAGACCCAGAGCUGGCAGAGGCGUAUUGUGCAAAGAUGGAAGACCACAUACAAAAGAAAUAUCUGGUGAAGCUCACAGAGGAAGAUUUGCAAGUGCCAAUGGAGAAUGUCUGGUAUCUGCCGCAUUUCUCAGUCUUUCAUCCUGCAAAAAAGAAGAUUAGGGUUGUCUUUGAUUGCGCUGCCAAGUCUCAUGGAUUUUCCCUUAAUGACUUUCUGACUAAGGGACCUGAUCUUUUGAAGUCACUUCCGGGUGUGCUGGAGAAUUUUAGAAAAGGGAAGUACGCAUUUACGGGUGAUAUCCGUGAAAUGUUUCACCGUGUUCACGUGAGAAAGGACGACACAAAUUAUCAGAGAAUUCUCUACAGAGGUAUGAGGAGAGAUGUCGAACCAGAUGAGUACAAAAUGGAUGUCAUGACGUUUGGGGCUUCCUGUUCUCCCACUUUGGCCUCUUAUGUGAAGAAUGUCAAUGCGGAGGAACAUGCAAUGGACUAUCCGGAAGCUGUGAAGGGAAUAUUAGACAAUACCUAUUGUGAUGAUUACCUUGGCAGUGCUGACAGCAUUGAGGACGCCAGAAAGCUAAUCAGAGAUAUUGUCUAUGUCCAGAAGGCUGGAGGAUUCGAUAUCGUUAAUUGGACAGCGAACGAUUCGAGAAUUUUGGAUACCUUCACUGACACCAUGAAGAAUUUGGCAUCUCAAACACUGGACGAAUUGGACCGUGUUCUUGGCCUAUGGUGGGAUUCGACGGCUGACAUCUUCACCUUUAAGACACAAUUCCAUCGUGUUCCUGCUGAAAUACUCUCUGGAGAGAAGAUCCCGACGAUGCGAGACGUGCUGCGACUCAUCAUGUCUAUAUUUGACCCUCUGGGGUUUCUGGCCAUGUUCACUGUCAAGGGAAAAAUGAUUUUGCAAGAAAUUUGGAGGUUAAAAAUUGGAUGGGACGAUCCGAUUGAGGGCAUUGCACUACAGCACUGGAAAACUUUUCUAGACGAAUUGAAGACGAUCAGCACAGUGAGAGUUUCCAGGUGCUAUUCUCCAAAUUUGCCUCAAGCAACUUCCGUUCAACUUCACAUCUUUGGCGAUGCCAGUGAACACGCAUACUCAUCCGUGGCUUACCUGAGGAUUGUGAGUGAAAUUAACAGUGAAAUUGAAGUGUCAUUUGUGUGCGCCAGAACAAAAGUGAGCCCCUUGAAGUCGACAAGCAUUCCCCGGCUUGAGCUACAAGCCGCAGUGAUGAGUUCUAGAAUGAGUGCAGCAAUUCGAGCUACCUUGGAUGUCAAGAUUGACGACGUAGUGCUUUGGAGUGAUUCCCUGACUGUCCUGGGAUGGAUUAGAAGUGAUUCUCGACGCUUCAAACAAUUUGUUGGUCACAGAAUCAGUGAAAUUGAUGAGUUGACAGAGUUCCGGCAGUGGCGAUGGGUGCCUACAAAACUCAAUCCAGCUGAUUUGGCUACCAGGAUGGUGAAAAGUGAUUUCAGUGAAUCAUCAAUGUGGUUCUGUGGACCUCCCUUUCUCAGACAACUUGAGAGUGGGUGGCCCCGGGAGAAAAGUGAGACAAUUGAAAACAAAACAAAUGACGUUGAAGUGUUUACGGUUAUGACAAAUGUUGAAGUGUUUCGCGGUGACCAGCUGAUGCCAAAAAUUGAGCGAUUUUCUCAGUGGAAUCGUCUUAUUCGUGUGACGGCAACAGCCAUGAUUUGUGCGAAAUAUUGGUUAGACAGAUGGAAGGUCAAGAAGUCUGGUGGAUGCCCCCCGAAAAGGCCUACACUGACAGUGAAAGACUUGUUGGCAGCUGAGAAGCAGUGGUUCCGGAAGAUUCAGACAGAAUUUUGGGCUGAAAUUGAGACUCUUAAGAGAGGAGAAUCCGUCGACAAACAGAGCCCUCUGCUCACUCUCUCACCAACCCUGGAUUCGGACGGAAUCCUUCGAAUUGAUUCACGUCUGGUGAAUAGUGAUGUGAGGGAGAAAUAUCCAGUGAUUUUAGCUCAAAAACAUCCGGCCACCAAGUUAUUGAUCAAAGACGCUCAUGAGAGACACCAUCACCAGGGACGUGAGCAAGUGGUGAAUUACUUGCGAGAAAGAUUUCAUAUUCCGCGAGUUCGUGUGGCAGUGAAAAGAGCUUGGCAUGAAUGUCAGCAGUGUAAGAAUCAAAGAGCUCGCCCAGUAGUUCCGGAGAUGGCAGCUUUACCCAGGUUCCGUGUGACAGAUUCAGUGUAUCCCUUCGUGAGAAGUGGUGUGGAUUACUUCGGCCCCCUGAUGGUGAAAGUUGGACGUCGACACGAGAAAAGGUGGGGUGUUCUCUUUACAUGCCUCGCAACCAGAGCUGUGCACCUGGAGAUAGCACACUCCCUGACUACAGAUUCAGCCAUUAUGGCUAUACGACGAUUUCUUGGACGCCGUGGCCCGAUUAGUGAUUUGGUUUGUGACAAUGGGACCAAUCUGCGGGGUGCAGAUAAUGAAUUUCGUCAUCUGUACCAAGCUCUAGAGACAGGCAGGAUGACAGAAGCCCUCUCCGAGCGAAAGAUUGACUUCCAUUUCAAUCCUCCUGCAGCACCACACAUGGGCGGGGCAUGGGAAAGGCUAAUCAGGUCAGUGAAAAAUGUCCUAAAAGAUUUAUUGAAAAAUCAUGUCCCCACCGAUGAGGAGCUAUUGACUUUGUUCACGGAAGUUGAGUUUAUUGUGAACGGACGCCCACUGACGUAUGUGUCUGUGGAGCCAGAGGACGAUACGGCUCUCACCCCAAAUCACUUCCUGAUCGGUCGUUCAGCUGCAAAUAGACCUAUUGGAAAUUUUGACGAUGGAGAUCUCGUGCUCAGGAAGGCUUGGAGGAAAAGUCAGCGGAUUGCUGAUAUGUUUUGGCACAGAUGGGUUCAUGAAUACCUUCCUGAGCUCACACGUAGGACGAAGUGGCAUCAGAAGAUUCGACCCCUGAAGAUUGGUGACAUAGUGGUGAUUUGUGAUGAACAACUUCCACGAAACUCCUGGCCUCUUGGAAGAGUCACUGAUGUCUUUACCGCUCCUGAUGGGAAGAUCCGGUCUGUUAUGGUGAAGACAGCUCAGGGCUUGUACCGACGACCCGUGGCGAAGCUGGCAUUAUUGGAUGUAGCGGAAGACCAGCAGACAGGAUUAGGGAUGGGUGCAGGAGCACCAGAGAGGGGAAAUGUUGGAAACGCGACAACGCCAACUAGCGGAAUUAUUUGA